AUGUUAGCUCUGACCGCUCUCGUCAACAAAAGACUGAAGAUCGACGCCUUGGAAAUUUCGCUAGAGCAUUUCUAUACAGCAUUCAUACCCGAAGAGUUCUUCGACAACGUCCGUCAUUGCAGUACGCAGGCUCGCAGUCUUUCCCUCCUCGGCGACCCCGUCCAGUCCGAAGAAAUCGAAAUUCUUCACGAACAUCUGCGUCUCGGCCGUUUUUCCCUCCCGUUUUGGGACACCCGACUGCCUCUGCUAGCUCAAAUGAGCAAGAAAGGCUGGAUAACCAUCGAAACAAUCGAGUGCGAACGGUGUGUUCAGCCAUCUUCACCGCUUUUCGGAGCCUGGAUCUCCUAUUUCCUUCAAGCUCGUUCGACCCUUCCCAGUUAG